AUGUAUCCAACUACCGGGUUGGCCUUUUCACGAGUCGGAUAUGUAUCAUCAACAACUGCCAACAUCCUGGUACGCGAGCCCGACGUCAAGCAGCUUCCUAUCCGUAUAUCGUACAGGGUGAUAGAAAACGGCCGCGAGGGCGAGUCGUUUGAAGGGGGAGUAAUAUAUGUUAUCAACAAUGACACCGAUUACACUUUUCCUGUUACUUUGACUGGACUUCAGCCUUCCAAGGAAUAUCAAUACUCGCUCUCAAAUAACAUGUCCGGCAAAUUUAAUACCGCCGCGGCUCCUGGCUCCGCUGCAGCAUAUAGACUCAGUUUCCUAAGCUCGAGUUGCAUGAAGGCAAACUUCCCUUACAACCCUCUAAACCACCCCUUGCGGAUCUAUGGCCUCGAGCUUAUUUCCACGAUUGUGUCAAAGCUUCCAUCCUUCUCACGGCCGUCAUUCAUGCUCUUCCUAGGGGAUUUUAUCUAUAUUGACGUACCCUUCCGCUGGGGAUCUUCCAUCUCCCACUACCGCAGCGAAUACCGCAAAGUCUACGCGUCUCCAUCAUGGCACACUGGUCCAGAACCCGCAAUGAACAUCCCUUGGAUACAUACCUUGGACGACCACGAAAUCGCAAACGACUGGCAUCUAGGAAACGAAACCGACCCUUAUCCAGCAGCAUUCGACACCUACCGCCAUUACCACAUGAGCGUUAACCCACCAAUCGAUAAAUCUCCUUUCUCCGUCCCAUUCAACACCACCUACUUCUCUUUCACGAAUGGCCCUGCUUCCUUCUUCAUGCUCGAUACGCGCACAUAUCGCUCGGAACCUCUACAGGACAAUUCCACAAUGCUUGGUUCCGCACAGCUGAAUUCCCUUCUUCACUGGAUCUCCCGCGAAGAACCUACCGGCGUUCAGUGGAAAAUAAUCGCCAGUAGCGUCCCGUUUUCCAAAAACUGGCGCAUCGGGACGGAGGAUACAUGGGGCGGGUUUCUGGGUGAACGCCGCCGGAUCUUUGAGGUUAUCUGGCGGGCAGAGCGUGAAUUGGGAAUCCGCGUCGUGCUUCUGAGUGGUGAUAGACAUGAAUUUGGCGCGAUAAGAUUUCCCGACCCAUUCCUAGCGGCCACACCGGGGCAAAAGGGAUAUGGGGCCGACAGUACCCUUGAAGACGGAAUGGGUAUUCACGAAUUUUGCACUGGUCCGCUGAAUAUGUUCCACGUCCCCGGUGGCAUAUUUUCGCAGUCUGACGAUGAGGAUGUCGUAAUCAAAUACCUGCCCGCUGGUAAUAACAAGUUGGAGGGAGCGAAGAGUCGGGUGUUGCCGCCUGGGCAAGUGGUGUUUGAUAAGCCUGAAGACGUUAGCGUCGUGGGUAAAAUGAAGAGUGUUUUCGGCGAAGCUCAGGUAUUGGUGAAGUCCCUGAUAAAAUCAGUUACGGGUAUGGUCAAGCGGCUGGUGCUGCUGUUGGUGAAGAAGGAGGUUGUGCCAAAGGUUUAG